GCAGUCGCAGGGAAGAGAGCAUCUGGGAGCGCCGGCGGAGCCGGGGGUGCACCCGCCGUGGAGGGCCAGCGGAUUCCUGCUCCGCGGGAGGGCUCCGCCGAGCGCGCCUCCGCCUUCCAACCGCAGCGACAUCGCCGCCGCUCCGCUUGUUCGCCGGCAGUCCGCCGCUCCCCGCAGCGCUCCGCGAGCCGCCGGAGGAGGCUCAGCCCCGAAGUUGCGGCCAGCCCGGGUGAAAAGUAGCGGCGAGGCGGAACGGGCCGCGGCUGAGCCGAGAGGAGACGGUGCAGCACCUCGCCGCCCCCGGCGCAGGGACUGGCUCGGCGGCCGCCCGCACGGACAGCGCCGUGGAAAGAACCAACAUGCAAAGUGGAAGGAAAACCAAAACUGCUCUUUUAGCAGAAAAGCAUUGGCUUUCAGCUCCUUUCAUAUGUUUUCAUUUUGCUUCGUAAUGGAAGGAGCAGGAUUCUCUGAAUCACUGAGGCAAAAUUUGGGCAUCAUUGGCUGAAGAUGAGAUGAAAGAAGACCUGAAUAUAUGUCGAUACUCCCUGACUAUUAAUUCAGACAAACUUUUUACUAAUGGAGGGGAAUAGUGGUUAAAAGCACCACAAACUCAUUUAAAGGAGCUGAUGAAGGAUUUCUGCCUUUUUUUUUUUCCUUCCCUUCCCACUCUCCCACGAGUCCUGAGAGAAAGAUGAUAAAGAAUGUGUAUACAAACUGAGAUAAGGGAGAGGCUGAAGAAAGUAGCUUCCAUUUUUGAGUCUGUUUUUCAAGUGCUGUAAAUUCCCCAAAUAAUUAAAUUCACCACAUUGUUUUGAAUAAAUUGUAUAUAUUUUUUGUGAUCAGUGGUUUUUUUUUUCUUUUUUUUUUCUUUUUUUGGUCAGCUCUAGAAGUGGAAUUUUACCUGAUUGAAAACUUUAACGGAGAAAACAUGUGGCUCUGAUUCCUGUUUUCAAAUUGAGGUUUUCAAGUUAUCAAGGCAUAACAUUCUGUUUUCUUCUUGUGUAUUGUCAUCCUGUAUUUGUAUGCAUAUCUCGGAUUUUACUUUUUCACUGAUUUUAGUAUACAUGCUGUGGUGUUCUAUUUGAGAGAAGUGUGAACAGAAGGCACCUGAGAUUUAAUUUCUUGGCAGACUUGUUAUUCCAGUGUCGUAGUUCAGAUUACAAGUAAUCUGAGUAACUGUUAGAAUGUGCAGUAAAACUGAGUCUUUCGUCUUAAGAAAAAAAAUGCCUUAAGAUGUUCAUGUUUAUACUGACUGGAUCAAAACUUGAUAUCUGAAUGUUGUGUUUUGUUAGGAAAUGCAUGCCUGGGGAAGAGGAGCUGCUUAAUGGAUCAUGGCUCUGAUGCUUACAGGGCAUACCUUAUUUCUAGCAUUAAUGAUGUUUGCUGUCUUCACUUUUGAAGAAUCUGUAAGCAAUUACUCUGAUUGGGUGACUUUUAUGGAAAAUCUAGAUCAAUAUGACAAAGAGAAACUUGAUAGUCUUGGUGCUGAGCAGAAGGUGAAAAAAGUAUCUCUUCAUCCAAGCUUGUAUUUCGAUGCUGAAGACGUCCAUGUGCUGAGGCAGAAAGCUCACACAAGCCAUUCACAUAUAUUCAGAACCAUCAGAAGUGCGGUGAUGGUUAUGUUAUCCAACCCCAUGUACUACCUACCUCCACCCAAAUAUGUUGAUUUUGCUGCAAAGUGGAAUGAAGUUUAUGGUAAUAAUCUGCCACCUCUAGCAUUUUAUUGUUUGUUGUGCCCUGAAGAUAAAGCUGCAUUAGAUUUUACUGUGGAGUAUAUGGACAGAAUGGCUGCUUACAAGAACUGGUUGGUUGAGAGUGCGCCUGGUGAUGAAGUGCCACUUGGCCACUCCCUAACGGGAUUUGCCACUGCUUAUGACUUCCUCUAUAAUUCACUGGAAGAUGUGAGAAGACAAAAAUACCUGGAGAAGAUACGGUCUGCAAGCAAGGAAAUGUUUGAGUACUCAAAGGUUCGUUCCUGGGGAAAGCAGCUUCUUCACAAUCACCAAGCAACCAACAUGCUCGCUUUGCUCACUGGAGCUUUAGUGACUGGUGUGGACGAUGGAUCUCAGGCAAAUAUUUGGAAACACGCUGUUGUUGAUGUGAUGGAGAAAACAAUGUUUCUGCUCAAUCACAUUGUGGAUGGGUCUCUGGACGAGGGAGUAGCUUAUGGGAGUUACACUGCUAAGUCAAUAACACAGUAUGUUUUCCUGGCACAGCGACACUUUGGUAUUAACAACUUGGAAAAUAAUUGGCUCAAAAUGCACUUUUGGUUUUAUUAUGCCACGCUAUUACCAGGCUUUCAAAGGACUGUGGGUGUAGCGGAUUCUAAUUACAAUUGGUUUUAUGGUCCUGAGAGUCAGCUGGUUUUCUUGGAUAAGUUUGUCCUGAAGAAUGGAGCUGGCAACUGGCUGGCACAGCAAAUUAGAAAACACAGACCCAAAGAUGGACCAAUGGUACCAUCCACUGCACAGAGGUGGAGCACUCUGCACACAGAGUUUAUAUGGUACUCUGCUGAAAUCACUCCUCAACCACCUCCUGACUAUGGCACUGCUAAAAUGCACGUGUUUCCUAACUGGGGAGUUGUUACUUAUGGGGCUGGAUUGCCAAGCAGUCAGACAAACACCUUUGUGUCCUUCAAGUCUGGAAAACUGGGUGGACGGGCUGUUUAUGAUAUUGUCCACUUUCAACCAUAUGCCUGGAUUGAUGGAUGGAGAAGUUUUAAUCCUGGACAUGAGCAUCCUGAUCAGAACUCUUUCACUUUUGCUCCCAAUGGGCAGGUGUUUGUAUCUGAGGCUCUCUACGGACCUAAGCUCAGCCACCUGAACAAUGUCUUGGUGUUUGCCCCAUCUCCUACGAGCCAGUGUAACCAGCCUUGGGAGGGACAGCUUGGUGAAUGUGCCCAGUGGCUGAAGUGGAUUGGUCAUGAGGUUGGAGACUCAAGUGGGGAAAUUAUAACAGCCUCCCAGUCUGGAGACAUGAUGUUUGUGAGUGGGGAGGCAGUGUCUGCUUAUACAUCAGCAAUGAAAUUGAAAAGUGUGUACCGCAUUUUGCUGCUCCUAAAUUCUCAGACCUUGUUAGUAGUAGACCACAUUGAGAAGGAGGCAGACUCUCCUGUUAAUUCAGUCAGUGCCUUUUUUCAUAAUCUUGACAUUGAUUUUAAAUAUAUACCCUAUAAAUUUAAGAACAAGUACAAUGGAGCUAUGAUGGAUGUGUGGGAUGCCCACUACAAGAUGUUUUGGUUUGAUCAUCAUGGGAGUAGUCCUGUUGCUAGGAUACAAGAGGCAGAACAAGCUGCUGAAUUCAAAAAGCGAUGGACUCAGUUUGUAAAUGUUACCUUUCCAAUGAAAAGCACUCUUACAAGGAUUGUUUACCUUUUCUAUGGCCCAUAUGUCAAUGUUUCUAACUGCAGGCUCAUUGAUAAUGUAAAGUCUGGAUUUCAGAUAUCACUUAGUGUCAACAGCACAGAAAAUACUGUUUCUGUUGUGACUGAUCAUCAGAAUUUAAAGGCUAGGUUCGAUUACUUGGGAUUUGGUGGUUUUGCCAAAGUUGUUCAUGAAAACAAAGUGACUAAAUUUGGUCUAGGUACUGAAUCUGUGGAAAAAUUGAUUAAAAAUAAUAGGGUAGUUUUGCCAUUUGGAUUCAAAGUGAACAUAAUUGCAGGGUUAAUUUUAGGUGUUAGUUUAGUCAUACUGGCCUUUCAGUGGCGGUUUUACGUAUCUUUCAGUAAAAUGUUGCGUUGGAUCCUGAUACUGGUUAUCACACUGUGGCUUACUGAACUGGUCGAUGUAUGGAGCAUGUGUACUCAGCCAAUCUGUGCAAAAUGGAGCAGUGACUUGACAAGGCUAGAACACGAUGAAGGCAAUAAAGACAAACGAUUAGAAGGGACUUCCAUUGUUUUUCCAGAUGUUAUAAUUACUUCACUUCCUGCUUCUGGUGCAGAAAUUUUAAAACAGCUGUUCUUCAACAGCAGUGACUUCCUAUACAUGAGGAUACCUACAGCCUAUCUAGAAAUUCCUGAGAGUGAAUUUGAAAUUGAUUCCUUUGUAGAUCCAUGUGAAUGGAAGGCUUCUGAUGUUCAGAAUGGGCAUUUUCAUCUUCUCAAGGGGUGGCUCCAGUCUCUAGUUCGAGACACAAAAUUGCAUUUACAAAACAUUCAGUUAUAUGAAGCCAGCAGAAGUAAAAUUACUCAGCAUUCUGCCAUAAACAAGGACAAAAAGAAAAGAUCCAAAAAGAGAGAAUCUCUGUUGGAGCAAAGAAGCAGGGCAAGAGCGAGUCAAGAAAAAGAUGCUGAAUAUAUUAGGGAAUUGAGAAGACACCUUGUUUAUUAUCCUAGUGCACGAACGGUGCUUAGUUUAAGUAGUGGGAGCUGGACAUUAAAGCUUCCCUUCUUUCAGGAAAUCCUAGGACCAUCAAUGAGAGCAUUAUAUGUAGUAAGAGAUCCACGGGCAUGGAUAUAUUCGAUGCUGUACAAAAAUAAGCCAAGCCUUUACUCUUUGAAAAAGGUUCCACAACGCUUAGCUGCAAUGUUUAAAUGGGAAAAUGGUAAAGGAAAAUGUAGUAUCAAUGAAGGCUAUGCCUUUGAAUAUGAAUCAUUAAGAAAAGAAUUUUCAAAUUCUAAUUCAAAUGCUGUUUCUGUGUUGUCCCAUUUAUGGCUAGCAAACACAGCAGCAGCACUGAGAAUAAAUGGAGACUUGCUGCCAACAAAUUAUCUGAUGGUCAAAUUUGAAGAUAUUGUGAGCUUUCCUCAGAAGACAGCUGAAACAAUUUUUGCCUUUCUUGGUAUUCCUCUUCCUCCUGCUAGCUUAAACCAAAUAUUAUUUGCCACUUCCACCAGUCUUUUCUAUCUUCCUUAUGAGGGGGAAAUUUCACCAAGUAGCAUUCAUGCCUGGAAACAAAACAUGCCCAAGAAAGAAAUUAGACUGAUUGAAGAUACCUGUUUUUCUCUAAUGGAACACUUAGGAUACCCAAAGUUUGUAGAAUAAAUGCUGCUGGUCAGCAGAAGUUUGCACUAGUCAUCUCUGACUCCCAGUUUGUGGAUAAAUAUUAGAGAAGUUUGUUUAUUCUUGUAAAAUGUGUACAGUCUGCUACUUUCAGAGAAAUUAUUUUAAGAAAAAAUAUGGUUGUUCUUGAAGGUGUGAUUUUUGUUGUUAUUAUUAUUUUUAAACUUGUAACUGUUUUUGCUGCCUUUGGAAAAGAAAAAAAAAAUUGAAAAAAAAAGGCUGUGUGAACCUUUAUGGAACUACCAGCUGAGGACUCUAUAGCUCAGGGGAUAAGUAAUAGAAUAUGGAGCUUUUUACCUCCAGCUCACCAGUUUUACUCCAGCCCAGGCGGUUAGUUCCCAGAAGUAUUUACUAUCCGAUGUUUGUGUGAUGGCGUAUAUGAAAUAAAACUGGUGGUAUUGGCCCAGUUCCCAGUGAUGAUAAUUAACCCCUUCUGACAGGUUUACUGAGACAUUCUGUCUCACUGAUCACUAUAGUGGUGCAAAAUAAACAUAAGCUGAGGUGUAAGGCUGUUCAGCACCCUUUGAGUGGGUGAAAACAGCCAGAACACUGGAGUGAAUUUAGUUUCCUAUGUGUGGCCUCAGCAGACAUGGAUAUUAAAUAUAAUUGUAUGAUAUGGUUUCUUCAGCUCAGAGAUACAGCACGUCUAUUGGGUUUUGUGCUUUGACUAAAGAGGAGACUUUGUUCUCCAUUCCUGAUAAUACAGUACCUUUUGUGAACCUGAAGUAAACUACCCGGAGAAAAAGAAAUAGGAUAAAAUCUAAGAAGCCAACAAGAUAUCCCCAGCUAUCAGUUAAAUGUGUAGUCUGACCUCCUCAACCUGACUCAAUUUUGAAGGUUGUUAACGUCUUGGCACCACAUGCUGCUUUAUCUUAUACUUCUUGCCUGAGAAGUUCUACAAGGAUCUUCUUGAGUUUGAGUAAGACUUUUCUAUCCUUUUUGUAAAGCAUUUCUCUGAUGAUUCUUGUGCAUAAUUUCACUGAGGCCAGUGCAAAUAUUUGAUGUCAGUGUCAGUGGUCUGUUGUUAAUGUCUGCAUAAAAUGGAAUUCUAAGAUUUAGAAGAUCUUAAAUAAAUCUUCAGGUCCGUGUUGCUGAGGGGUUUGCUUUUCUGUAUGAUGUGUUUCUGAAGGACAACCAUUGCUAAUCUCAGGUCUCCCCUCGGAGAAUGGAGAAAUCUGAAACUUACUUCACUCUCAGCCACCUCACAUUUGAGUGAUUCUCUGCAGUAAAAUAAAUCAAAAGUUGCCUUUUAAUUUUUGCUGUCAUCAUUAUUUUCUUUUUUAAUCAUGACUGGUGUUUCUUUAACAUGGUGCUGUAAUUUAGUAUUGGUUUGGAAACUGAUAGGCUUGAUAAUAGAUGUUUAUUCGUCACAACUCAUUUUCUUCUUGAGUCAAAGUCUUUGUUUAGCACAUCCCCAUUAAGAAAAGUUUAAUUUCCUAAGGGUGGUUUUUUGUUUUUUGGGUUUUUUUUUGAAAUGUAUGUAUACAGCAAAUGUCUGCUGAUGUGUAAAUCAGAUCACAAAGAGACAUGUAUUUCCUUUACCACUUGUUUUCUAUUACAUAUGGAAUUGUCUUGAAAUAUGCUUCCGUUGGUAUGUGGGAGCUGGGUUCAGAGCUUUGGGUUAUUAUACUGAAAUAUGUGUGUAGAUAUUGUUUAUUCGGGUGAUAACCAUUAGGUGAAAUCAAAAGUUUAGUGAGUAUUUUUGUAAAGAAUACAGAUACUCUUUCUGAUUUAUAAAAUAUAGAUGUGUUCUUGACUUUCCUUCCAGUCUUAGUGCUGUGUCCCUGUCUUACCCCACUGUCUUGUUCUUCUCUUAAAUACAUAUAUUAUUUGGAGCAUGUAGUGAUCAUAGAAUCAUAGAAUGGCCUGGGUUGAAAAGGACCACAAUGAUCGUCAAGUUUCAACCCCCCUGCUACGUGCAGGGUCGCCAACCACUAGACCACGCUGCCCAGAGCCACUUCCAGCCUGGUCUUGAAUGCCCCCAGGGAUGGGGCAUCCACAGCCUCCUUGUGCAACCUGUUCCUGUGUAUCACCAUCCUCUCUGUGGAAAAACCUUCUUCUAAUAUCCAACCUAAACAUCCCCUGACUCAGUUUCAAACCAUUCCCCCUUGUCCUAUCGCUGUCCACCCUCGUAAACAGCCAUUCCCCUUCCUGUUUAUAUUCUCCCUUCAAGUACUGGAAGGCCACAAUGAGGUCUCCCUGGAGCCUUCUCCAAGCUAAACAAUCCCAGUUCCCUCAACCUUUCCUCAUAGGAGACGUGCUCCAGCCCUCUGGUCAUCCUAGUAGCCCUCCUUUGGACCCGCUCCAAGAGCUCCACAUCCUUCCUGUCCUGGGGGCCCCAGGCCUGGGUGCAGUACUCCAGAUGGGGCCUCACAAGAGCUGAGUAGUGGGGGAUAAUCACCUCUCUCUCCCUGCUGGCCACCCCUUUAUUAAUGCAGCUCAGAGUACAGUUGGCCUUCUGGGCUGCAAGCACACGCUGCUGGCUCAUGUCCAGCUUCUCGUCUACCAGGACCCCCAAGUCCUUCUCCACAGGGCUGCUCUCAAGGAGGUCUUCCCCCUGUUUGUAUAAAUACCUGAGAUUUCCCCAACCCAAGUGCAGCACCGUGCACUUGUCCUUAUUGAACCUCAUUAGGUUUUCAUGGGCCCACUUUGCCAGCCUGUCCAGGUCCAUCUGGAUGGCUUUCCUUCCUUCUAAUGUAUGGACUGCACCACUCAGCUUGGUGUCAUCAGCAAACUUGCUGAGAGCGUGCUCGAUGCCACUGUCUAUGAUAUUUCAUCAUGACCUAGAUAAAAGUAAUUCUUUCUCUUCCAAUCAUUUGUAUGUCGAAAUGGGCAUCUAGCACAAUAAACCCACUGAUAUUUUAGAAUCUCACUAACCUUAACUUAACUGUCUUUUACUAGCAGCAGCUGCUGUUUUUUCCCUCCUUCAGUUCUAGGUCUCACCCCUGACUAGCUGGAUGUCUAGUUAAAGGAAAUAUUAAACAAGUUUAUAUACACUGACACACUAGUGAAACUCUGCUUUCCCAUUAUCAUUUUCUCAAAUUGGCUUUUCUAUGAAGCCAUUUUUAAUCGUAUGUUAAAAAAAACAAAGAAAAAGUAUUAUCGUCUGUAGCAUUUUUGUACUUGACAGAAUAAGCUUCAGCGUCUGCCUUCUAUUUCCAGGAUUUACACUCUAGAAUCAGAACAAACAAAUUUUAUUUUAUUUUUUUUGUCAAAUGUUUUAAAGCAACUAAAGGUAAGAAUUAAGGAUUUGUGGAAGUAAAAAGAGACCUUUAAAUCCAUCCUUGAAGUGCCAUGAUAGCCUAUAAAUCUAGUUCUUAUUUGUUUUUGAGGAGUUCGGGUAGAGAGGAUGAGCUCGCAGGAGAGUCAUCCAUGCUUCUUUUGGAAUACAGGUUAUCUCAGGCAUUUUGUUCAUAAUACAUGCCAUUGCUGUCAUUUCUUUAUUUUAGGAGUUAUUUCUUUCCUCUACUCUAAUUUACAGGGUCAAAGAAUGCAUAAUAUAUUAUUCAGAUUUGGAUGCAGUGUGUGUUCCUUGUACACAUUUAAUAAGAUAAGAGAACUCUGUUCUCUAUUUUUGGAUCUUGUUGUGAGGGCAAAUGUAUUAAAAUAAUUAUGGUAAAAUAUGUAGAGGGAAAGGCAAUGUCUUUGAUAACAACAGGGUAGGAAUACCUGGGGCAUGUCAACUCUCCAGUUUUUAAUAAAAAAAAUCAUUUGUUCCAUUUUAGAUGAUAAGUUACUUAAGCACCUCACUGAAGUUAGUACCAGACAGGAAUUGACUCAGUCAUGGAGUUGACUGACUAUUGAAACUGUGGCCUUAUAACUGCAUGAAUGGCAACUCGAGACAAUAUAACAUGCAUAUGGUAGAAGAAAAUACCUAUUCAGAUCUGAGACUUUGCAGAAUAAAUCUCAGUGGCACCAUCCAUUUUAUUUAUGAAUUAAGUUUACAGUUGUGAUAUGAUAUACUGUGAAGGUCUGGUGAUAAAUAAAUAAGCUUGUCUUUCUCUAUUAAAGGAUAAAUUAUAAUUCUAAGUCUAUGCUGAUCUCAUCAGAUUGAUCAUUAAACAAACUUUUUUCCAUAAA